AUGCCUCCUAGAGCCAACAAGAGUAAGAGGCGUAGACACCAAGGUGGUGGUCGGCAGGAGACCUCUAACAUCAGGAGUCGUGUGUACCUAUCCGUGUGUAUGGAGGGUAGUCGACUCGGUAUUGCUCUUCUCGACUUGAAUAGUGGUAGCCAAGAUACACUGGGGGAUAUAGUCCAAACCUCUGGCACGGCUCGACAACCACAGAUGGCUGAUGGAGGGGAUGCUGGGCUGGUGGAUCCUAUCAUCCUAUCGACGACAAUGACGGCUAUUGAGAGGCCUGUGUCACAAGCCUUCUUCAAAAGCCCUAUAACACGAAGGCUCGAUAAAUACCUGGGUAACAUAGAAUCUAAGAUGAUAGAGAUAGAAUACGAAUACCUGUAUAGACUAGCAGAUAGACUCGAGGAGAUCGGGAACUGCCGUACCCAUAUACUAACAGGUCCGAAUUACUCUGGCAAGAGUGUUCUACUUAAACAGAUAGGCUUAACGGCAGUAAGUCGAGAGUCAGGUCCAACUAAGCAAUGCCGCAUGCAACUCCUAACACAACUCUUCGCCAGGAUGGCUAGCUCCGAUCAGAGGAUACCAAAGUUCGUUAGUGCUGGGGAGAGAAGGCAAUUAGAGGACAUCGUCAGAUCAAGCACCCUCCUCUCAACCUUCACCAGGGAUGCCCAUGAGGUAUCUGUGGCGCUUGCCAACUGUAGCCGUACUUCUCUGAUACUAUUGGAUGAGUUUGGUAAGGGUACAUCCCCUAUUGAUGAGGUUAGUCUCCUUUCUGGUAUAGUCAAGUAUGCUUCUAUUGACUUGAACAUCAACGCGCCCACUCUAUUACUCACUACCCAUUAUGCUACUGAGUUGUACACUUGGGGGCUCAUCAAGACCCCUCAGCAAUGUGUUGAUGAUGGCGACCAACAGAUGAAGAGGCAGAGGAAACACGCUGUUGGUAAGGCAUUGCCAUGCCGUUUAGCUGUUGUACCACCCAAGGACCGCGGUGCCUCGGUCGUGUAUCUGUAUAAGCUGGAGCGAAAUAGGUAUUCACAAGCAUCGUACCCUAUACAAUGUGCCGUGGCUAGUGGUGUAUGCUCUAGUGUCACUGAUAGAGCUGCCGAGGUACUCGAAUCCAUAAGGUCUGGCAAACCCUUGGCCAAGCCUCGAGACCCCGACGAGGGUACCCAUCAACCAAAACCCCAUGAUAUGACCGCCGAUCGAGGCAGCAGUGACACCCUAACCCAUAUACUGCUCACCUUCUCUCAGCUAGACCUCUCCUCUGGGUUAAAUCAGGGUAAUCGGGCAGCAUUGCAGAGUAUACUACGUCAACUUCGGCCGGGAGCUACAGCGGAACCACGCCUCGCUCUUUCGCGUCCUGAUGCAAUUCGUAGUGACAUCGUACUCCCUCCAGGCAAUAGGCUGAGAUUGGGCGUGGAGGGAUCCCAUCCACACGAACGGACCGACAAAAUGCCAUCCUCCAUCGAGGGCUGGAGUGUCCUGAUAGAUGAGGACCUAUUUACGACUAGGCAAGGCAUCAUUGGCAAUGGUGGUUCUUGA